CAGGUGGGUAUCUCCAGAUUUUGACACAGGAUUGUGGGACGUGUGACAUUCCUUUCUGCGGAGCGAGCUUUCCGGUGAAGAUUGCUGCGAAAGUUAGCUUGAGGAAGUGAAACGUGGAGAGCGGUUAUGUGUUGGCGCGGGUUUUUAAGGUCGUUGAAUCUGGAAGCUGCGGAGAAAGUUUAGAGAGCAGGAGCAAUGAUUUUUCUGUACAGGGGUGAACUCCACAAGGUUUCUGGGAUCACGCGCCAGUGGUCAAUCCCAAAACCGACCAUCUCGCUAUCUGCAUUUAGGCAGGCGCUCGAGAAACGAAAUGACGCUCUGCGCAGUAGCUCGCUAACCUCUGACUUUCCGACUCCCUGUUUGACGCGCCAAGACACUUGCGUCUCUGGCUCCCACAAUGUUUCACCCUCACAUGUUCAUGCGAGAGAAGGGCCCAGAGAUGAUCCAGAGACGGAUAUUGGACAAGAAGGGCGUGGAGAGAGCGACGGUCUAGUGAAAUCAGAUUACAUGGACGAGGAUAUUCCUGAGGAGGCAGAGGAUGGGGAAGACAGGAGUAAGUAUGGAGGAAAGACUCGACAUGGGGGCUGCGAAGGGGAGGGAUACAGGGACUUAUGUGCAACUGCGGAAGAUUCUUCUGAUCGGCUUCUAUCAAGAGGUCAGUCCUCUGAUGACAAUGAACUGCAAUUCGAAACUAAACUAGAGAGCGAUGAACCUGCAGAUUUGGAAGAAGACAUGGAUAGGAAAGAAAGAAAGAAGAGAAAACGAGAGGAAACUUCUCUUGUUGAUGUGAGGAAGGGUAAGGUGAAGGUGAAGGUUGAUGAGGAGGUUUUAGUGGGUGGUACGCCUGUCGCCGUUGAGCCCAUGGCGCUUGACUCAACAGGAGCAGGUGAGGAGAUGGAAUUGGACCAAAAGGUUGUGGAUAAAGUGGUUGGGAUUGGGGAUAACAGUGAAAUCGAAAACACUAAAAAAGAGGGAUCCGAUGCUAAUCUAGGAUUGGCUGUGGAAGAGGAUGAUGGUCAGAUAGAAGUGAAUGAUGUUGAACAAGGAGAUUUUGUGAGAGUGGAAGCACCUUCUACACCACCCGUACAUUCCGAGGAGUUAAAUUUUGGAAAGCCUGUGAUAGGAAGGGACCUCGCUGAAGAGGCUAGGGAAAAAACAGACGCAGGAGGUGGCAAGAAAGCAGAGUUGGAGGCGAAGCUCGAGAAACUAACCGCAGAAAAGCACCACCUUGUACAAAUGUUGAAGCAGGUGUUGAGCACUGAGAAGGUGUCAAAGAAAAAGGUUCUGAGUGCAUCACAGUCUCCAUCUGCUCCGGGGCCCUCAUCUGCGUCUCAAGAUAUCCCAAGUAGUACUGACUUGCCUGCUGCGCCUAUCGUGCAAUCAGAGAUCGCUAUUGCAAGCGGCGCUGAAGUCUCACAUAAAGUAGAUGUGCAUAGUGCGUCAGGUCAUUCACAGAUUCGGUCUCACAAGCUUGGGCGUCAACUUAACACUUCACGGGUCGUUCAGGUGUUAAGCAGUGAAGAGGAGUCAAAGAAGAAGGUUCAGAAUGCGUCACAAUCACCACCUGCACCUGGGCCUCCGGCUACUUCUCAGGCAGCUUCUAUUUGUGCUGAUGUAGCUGCUGCCCCGAUCGUGCAGUCGGAGACUGCCGUUGCGAGUGGUGCUGAAGUCCAGGCUUCAACUGAUCUUGAGGAAGGGGAAUUGGAGUAUGCAAGGACACCAAGUCCACCAUCAGCCCAUACAACGAUUGCAUCACAGUCCGCAAGCCAUGGAACACAUCCCCCUCAUGGAUCAACUCCAGCUUUGGGUCCGUUACUGGGCAGACAGCCACAACACUUGAACCAGGGUGGAUCUUCACGGGGUAAUUAUUAUCCACAGGGAUUGGGUCUCCCUUCUCCAAAUUCAGCUGCUGCAGCAGCAUUAGCGGGUACAAUAUCUCCAGGCACUGGGUUUAUGUCACUUGUCAACCGGCCAUAUCCGCACCAAAUGGCAAUGCAGCAUGCAGCACAUGCAUUACACGCCCAAAAGGUUGCGGCUGCUGCGGCAGCUGCAGGUCAUUCUCACAUGAGCCCCAUUUUAGGAGGAGGAGGUCCUGCAGGACCUGGCAAUGGAGUUUCUAAUGGCCCCCCUGGGUUUGGUGGUUAUGGAGUUUCUCCAUCUGUGCAUGGGCACCAUGGUCAUAUGCCGCAGGGCGCGUCUCCGGGAGCUGGUCACAUUGCAGCGCAACAAGGAGCUUCUCCUUCUCUUCUCACCACUCCAAGAGGUCCUCCUGGAUACCAUGAGAUGCGUAAUUUGAAUCCUCCUUGGAAUUUGCAGAGAUAAGAAAAAGAUGGUUGUCUACCAUCUUGAUUCAAUUCAUUGGAAAGUCAACUCUAGCUUGUCUUCGAAUUCUCCAGUGGGAUUAAGUUGCACUUCUGUGCAUGGUUUGGAGCCUUGCAAUCUCUUGUUGCUGAAAGUCUCUAUUUUCAGCUGUUUAAAUUGCUGCAUUUUUUUUUUUAUUUAUCUGACACCAUUGUGUCAAUGACUAAAAGAUAUGAAGCAUUUCAGGUCGUGGCUACCAAUUGUAGACGCUUGAUCAUAUGACACAUAAUUUGUUCAGUAUCUUGAAUUUUUCCUAGACAUGAUCCCCAAUAGAGCCUUCGCAUUGAAUCGAAGUUAUGAGAACCUUUCAUCUCUGUGAUACAGGCUGGAUGAGAGCAGUAGACAAAGGCAGGUGGUGUGGAGAGAUGUUCAAUUGAUACUGGAAUGAGGCAAUUGCCAUCUACUUAAUAUAUGCUGUUUUAAACAUGAUA